UGCAGUCAGAACACACCUACUGUUUAAAAGCAGUCGUUGAUUGGACAGUAGCCACCGUCAGCAGUAGUUUGACCGUCGACCAAACACUAGGCUACUUGUGUCCCCUGAAUUUGGUAACAGUUGCGAUUUAGUUCGAUCACAUUAAUUGAAAAUGAUUGAUGAAAGGAUCAGGGAUUGAAGACGAACUGGCAGGUGGCAAAUGUCAAUGGAAAUGAUGCCCACCGAAAAUGAGUUGGCACGGAAUCCAGUGGCCAGUGACGUAAGGUCAGAGGAAACCCUCAGAGAUGACCUGAAGUAUUACUUCAUGAGCCCGUGUGAGAAAUACAGAGCACGUGGCCAGAAGCCAUGGAAACUGGGCGUGCAGAUCUUAAAAAUAAUCAUGGUCACCACUCAGCUGGUUCUGUUUGGUCUGAAUAACCAGCUGGUGGUGUCGUAUAAGGAGGAGAACCUGAUGGCCUUCAAGAGUCUCUUCCUGAAGGACUACACGGGCACUGACGAGGACGACUUCAGCGUGUCCGUCUACUCUCAGCAGGGCGUGCACGACAGCCUCUUUUACACUAUAGAUCAAUUCUCCAAGCUGCAUGAGCUGACGUUGGGCCCGGUGAGCUAUGCGGAGGAUGCAGAUGGUACAGUAGUGCCCCUGGUGGUCUGUAAGGAAUAUUACAGGACGGGAGAGAUGCAGCCAUCAGACGAGUACUAUGACAUCGACUCAGAAACUGAGAAAGUGUGCUUGUCGCUGGACCCCAGACAUAUGGCCAGAUGGAAGACAGACAACGCCUCUUUUUUUGAACUGGACUUCUACAGGCUCCUUGAAAUUGAGAUCACCUUCCAACUGAAGGGCAUCAAUUUACAAACUGUUCGAUCUCGGGAGAUGCCUGACUGCUACACUUUCAGUGGUGUGAUAACAUUUGACAACAAGUGCCACAGCGGCAAAGUGAAGAUCUCUCUGGACAUUGAUGCUGAGAGCAACGCAUGCAAAAACUGGAGGAUCUCGGGAACUGCUCAGAAGAACACACACUACCUGCUGGUGUUUGACGGCUUCGUCAUGGUGGUGUGCGUGACCUCCGCGGUGCUGUGCACACGCUCCAUAGUGCUGGCAGUCAGGUUAUUACAGAGGUUCUCAAAUUUUGUCCGUGAGAAUUACAGUCGCGAGGUCUGUGAGGAUGACAAACGGGAGUUUCUGAAUGGCUGGUAUGUCAUGGUCAUCAUCAGUGACGUCCUGGCCAUUAUAGGCUCAAUACUGAAGAUGGAGAUCCAAGCAAAGAGCUUGACCAGCUAUGACGUGUGCAGUCUGUUUCUGGGGACGUCUACUCUGCUGGUCUGGGUGGGAGUCAUCAGAUAUCUGGGCUACUUCCAGAAAUACAACGUGCUGAUCCUGACCAUGAGAGCGGCGCUCCCCAAGGUACUGCGUUUCUGCUGCUGUGCUGGCAUGAUCUACCUGGGAUACACCUUCUGUGGAUGGAUAGUGCUUGGGCCGUAUCAUGAGAAGUUUGAAGGGCUGAGUCGUGUGGCCGAGUGUCUGUUCUCGCUGGUGAAUGGAGACGACAUGUUCACCACCUUCGCCCAGUUUGAGGAGAAGACCACGCUGGUCUGGGUCUUCAGCCGAGUCUACCUCUACUCCUUCAUAUCGCUCUUCAUCUAUAUGGUGCUCUCACUCUUCAUCGCCCUCAUCACAGACUCCUAUGAAACCAUCAAGAAAUAUCAGCUGCAUGGCUUCCCGGCCACAGACCUGUACAAGUUCCUGAGCGAGCGGAAGGAUUUCCCUCUGAGGGGUGCGUGUGACGAGAGUGUGAGUGGGAGCGUGGAUCCAGAGGGGUGUAUGUACGCCCCUCAUCGGCCCAGGCCUCUCCAGCACCCUCUGCUCCCCGGCCUCUCCUGCUGCUGCGCAAGGGUCCCAAAAGAUGACACGGUCAUCCUGAUCAGCUGAUGUGCAAUGGAGUGGAGGAGUGCGGGACAGGAAACGAGAAGAGUGGACACCUGGACAAGAGGGAGCACACCUGUGGACACGACACCUGAGGAUGCUAACACAUGAUUAGCUCAGCUCAGCCAGGCCUGGUAUUGGAAAAUCGACCUGGGACUGAGAGGGGAACCGCACUGGAUGCUAAUACUGAAGUUAAUGCAUACAGCGAGGCCGAUUUCAAAUGAGCACUAAACGGGGUUGAACACAAUGUUUAAGGGGUCAUUUAGACAUCAGUUGGGUGUGGACGGAGGGAGGCAUGGACACGUGAUGAGCGGUCUCAUCAUUUCCCCAUUUGCACAAAUGGCCAAUGUUCACAAUGUAAAGGGAUGGACUUGAGAACCUCAUUACUGAGUGGGUGUAUGUGUGGGGCCAUUUUUCCCUAAUUGCACUUUGAGUAACAUUAUCCCGGCCAAGCUCCAAUCACGACAUGAGCCAGCGGAAGGGGACCCUGCAAAGUGCCGCGUCCCGUAAUUGUUUUCUGGGGAUUAUCUACCAAUUUUAUGUGUAAUAAAGAAACGUGACACUUUAAAAUUGU